AUGCCUGCAAAACUGAUGCUGGCUAAGGGACGAGGUCGUGGGAUCGACCAAUUGUGUUGCGAGGCGGGCGGGGCCGUUGCAUUUUGGCGGUUAGACUUUAACAUGGCGAACGCGAGCGGCAGUAACGGCGGCGGCGGGAGCAGCAGCGGCGAGGUAAUGGGAGGCGAGGAGCCGUCACUGGCGGAGGAGUCUGCCACUCACAUACCGAAGGUAAAGCUUCUGGACACCGUGGUAGACACUUUUCUUCAGAAGCUAGUGUCCGCCGGAAGUUAUGAGCGAUUUACCAAGUGUUACAAGCGCUUCUACAAACUCCAACCUGAAAUGACACGACUAAUCUAUGACCAGUUUAUAACUCAGUUGCAAACAUCCAUCCGGGAAGAAAUUUCCACAAUCAAGGAAGAAGGGAACCUAGAAGCUGUUUUGAAUUCCCUUGAUAAGAUUGUGGAGGAGGCUGAUGACCGAAAGGAACCAGCAUGGCGCCCCAGUGGGAUUCCCGAAGAUGAUGUGCGCAGUGCUCUGAUGCCCUACUUCUUACAGCAGAAGUCAUCCCUGAAGCGCCUGGUCCAGGAGCAGGAAAGGGAGAAUGUCAAACUGGCUGAAAUGGUCCUGGAAGGGCGGAAGCAGGUGCUGGAGCUACAACAACAGAUCCAGGCCCGGAAGCAGGCUUGGCAGGCUAUGCAUAGGGAAAAGAGAAGGUUGUAG